GGACGGUACCGACGUUUUCUGAGGACCGAAAAGUUGCGAUUGGGAUGUGCGAGUGAAAAAAAACCACAGACCCUGAAAAUGGAGUUGGGAAGCUGCCUUAUUGCAAACCAGAAGCUUAUCAAAUCAUCAAAAGAAGUUUUUACUUUUGCAGAGAAAAUUUCUGCGCAAUGUAAUUUUUUGACGAGUGAUUUGAUUCUAGCAGCUGUGUGGCAUUGCUUGAAUCAAACAACAGAAACUUCUGCUGGCUCUAAUACAACAAGUGUAUCUGGAAGUGAAGAAAACAAAACUGACAAGCAAAAUGGAAACAAAACUGGAGGAGAAAGUCCUGUCAUUGUUGAUGAAACUAAUACUGAGGCAAUCACACAUAAUGAAAAUGGCAAUGAUAUUAAAAAGCAGAAGGCUAGCCAGUCAGACAGCAAUUGUAUGAGUACAUCACAAAAUAGCCAUUCUAAACAUCCAAUGAAUUCAUCAGUGUUAGACAAGUUAGAUACAGGAAGUUGCCAAACUAUCAGCAAGGACGAAGCUGGUAAUGUUAUAGAAACUGAAAUCAUUUCUGUAAAGACAAAGACAGAUAUUGUAAAAGUACCCGACAAGAAUACAGGAUUGCACACAAAUAACAAAGCCAGCGUUAAAGAAACAAACAGUCAAGCCAGUACUUCAGCUGAAAACAAUGAAAUUAACAAAUGUAAAGGUCAAAGUAUAUCUGGUCAAAAAAAUCCAACAUCUGAAUUUAAGGUUUCUUUAAUGGACAAUGGAUCAAGCAAGACUGUAAAAUCACAAGCUGUAGCUGAGAAAAAGAAGGAAAGAAUAGAAGAUGUUGAAGUAAUAAGUAUUGAUGAUGAUGAUUCAAAUGAUGUUGGUGAGACAAACAUAACAAAGGAUGCAAACAAUACUGAUGUGAUUGAAGAGAAAGUAGAAGAGAAAGUAGAAGAGAAAGAGCCAGAUUAUUUUGAUAUGGACUGUGAUGAGAUAGAAGAUGAGGAUGAUUAUUAUGAUGAGGAAUAUGAAGAGAUAUCAAAUAUUACAUAUGAUGCAGGCAAAGCAGUUAAAGCUGAAAGUGAUUUCAACUCAAGUAAUAUCCAGAAAGAUGAAGAUGUAACAAUCAUAAGUGAUGAUGAAGAUGUUUGUGAAAUAGAAUUUAACAAUACCAACCAAAGUUCGGAGCAAAUUUGUAACAGUAAAAAUGUAAAUAUUAAUACUUCAGGCAGUGAAAAUUUGACUGGAAGUGUAGGGACCAAGUCAAAAAGAAAACAGUCCUUCUCAAAUAUAAAGGAAGAUUCUACUAUUAAUUCUGGGGAGAAAUCUACAUUGAAAAGUCCAGUAGAUGGGUUGAAUGAAAAAGGUUCUCCUCCAAGGUUGCGUUGUCCCACAAUGGAACAUUUAGAUGGUAUGUCAAGUCCCACAUUGUCGGUUCAAGAUGAGGAAAAAUUAUCAUCCUCUUGUGUUAUUGUGUCGGAUAAACAUUCUUCUGAUUCUGCAAUGGAUGUAUUAGGACUAGUACCAGUAAAAGAUCAACAAAAGACUGUUGAAAAAACUGUAAUUGCUGCAGAUAAGUCUACAACAAAUCAAACUUUUGGAUCAGUUUCUUCCAGUCCGUCAGUAUAUGUCUCGUCAGACACUGUGAAGGGCUCUCUUUCCUCAUUACCGAAUAUUCAGAAUUUACCGCACGUUUCUACAGAUGUUGAAAAUGUGUCUUCUUCUACAGAGACUUCCCAGCGAGAACAACAAUCGCUGCAGACUCAGAAAUCAAGUACUAAUCAGUCUCUGGCUUCAACAAGCAAGUCACCAGAUGUGUGUGGGAGCCCACCAAGAAAAAAGAAACGACUUUUGGAUCAUGACAAGAAGUGGCAUAUGGAGCCAAAAUUUAGUCCAGAACAAGACAAGUAUCUCGCAUUGCCAGGUGGUGUGGAAGGCAACAGCAUUUUGACUGGAUGGGGUCAGCCUGGAAGUUAUUCCGAUGAUAGUCAAGCCUCAAAUGAACCCAGUAUAGGAAUUGAAAAAGUUGACAGUGAUUAUAUGAACUAUCAAAGUAUAAGUGAGGAUCAUUACCUUGCUGAUCGUGGUGAUAAAAAUGAUAAUGACAAUGAUGAUGAUGAUGAUAAUACAAAAAGUGGUUCAGAAGAUAAAGAGUUGAGCAGAAAAAAGGCCAGUAUUUCAGGUAAAAGGGGUAGAGGACGACCACGUGGACCUAGAUCAAAAAGUAACGUUUCAUCUAGAGCUAAGGACAAGGGUCAGAAGAAUAGGAAUUACGAAAGUUACCUUACUGAUGACAAUGAUGACUAUAUUGAUAAAGAUGAUGAUGAUGAUGAUUUAUGGAGUGGUAGUGAGGAUGAAGGGUCCAGAAGGAAAAAAGGCAGUGUUACAGGUAAGAGGGGCAGAGGGCGCUCAAAAGGACAUAAAUCUUUGAUGAUGGAGAGGGGCAAGGGUCAAGUUAGAGGGAAAAGAGGGAGGCCAGUUUUGAGGACUAGAGGAAUAAAUCGUCAUGGUGCUGCUGUUAAAUUGAAAACAGAUAAAAAAGAUGUCAGUCCAUCAAAGUUUAGUUCUUUAAGAGGACGUAAAAUAGGAUUUUAUUCUAUAAAAACAGGAAAACCAAAGCAUACAAGUGACUCUGCAGGGACUACUUGUGCAGUGAAAGAUGUUAAAAGAGGGCCAGGAAGACCAAAAAAGCAUGCUGUUCAGGGGUGUACUUUACCAAAAAAACUUGCCGUUAAAGGAAGAGGAAGACCAAAACUGCAUAAGAUUAUAGGAACACAAGACAGAGAUAAAUCCAGUAUUACAUUGUCUGGUAAUCAAACCAGUAAACAAGGAGAGAAUAGUAAAAGUAGUGCAAAAAAUAAUAAACGUGGGCGUGGAAGACGAAGUCAAAGUUUGGAAUCUGCAGAAAAAGAAGAUCAAGACAGUGAUGUGAUUAUAAUUGAUUGACAGUAUUUAUUUAAGAAACUUUACAUGGCUAAUGGGUUUAUAUUUUAAUAAUGAAUCAAAUUUCUACACAGUUUUGUGAUAAUUAAUUAAAUUAAAGAAAUAUUUGAUAAAAAGAAUUGUUAAGAAAGCAAAAUUUCUUUUCUGGUUUGAGAGAGUUUUGUCUCAUGUUCCAGGACUUAAUUCAGAUUAUUGCAAAAUUUCAUAAGUCUACUAUGGUAAUUAAUUAUUAAACAUUUCAUAUCAAUUUAGACUAGAGCCUUGAGAUGACAUAAAAUGAUGAAACUUUUGUAGUUUCUGAAUAAAGUUUAAGAAAUCUGCUUUAGAUUCAGAUUUUGAUUGAUUCUAGCCUUGGUCAGGAUCUUAAAAUUUAUCUCUAUAUUGAAUUAUGUACCAAUUAUUUUUCAUGUCAAGUGUUAUCAUAAAUAUCAUCUCAAAUAGAGUUGAAAGUGGUAGAAGACGACUAUCAGAAUUAUUCAUAAGUUCUUUAUGAACACAUGAUUAUCGUCUUCUUAAUGAAUUUUUAUUGUUAUACAGUUGAUCUUAAUGCCAGGUUAAGCUAAAUUGUAAUACUCACUUUUUGAACUAUUUCAUGUUGCUUUUUUUGUUUGUUUUUAAUUAUCAAUAAGCAAUAUUCACUGUAGUACAGCUGUGUUGUGAACAUUUCAGAUUACUUUGUUAUCUUGUAAUUUGCAAUAAUAACAUGCAGGACAUGUCCCUAUAGUGAUGUGUACUAACUUAAAUGUACAUGUAUGAUAACUACCUGUACGAUAUUACCUAGUCUUAACCCGACUGUUCAGCACAAUGUGCUGAGAGGAGAGUGUUUGUGAUGGUCGUGUGUCUGUCAUUUGUCGUUGCCCACAAUUUCUUUAAACAACAACUCCUAAACUACUUGAUGGAUUAUGACCAAACUUCAUAUGAUUGAUCCUUCGGUGGUCUGAUACAAAAGUUUUAAAUGGUUCCAAUCAGAUGCAUAGCUAGAAAACUAAAAUACAUGUAUCAAAUUAUAUCUUCUUUCGUGUGACUGCAAUACCUAGAGUUUAGAUAUUUGUCAUGUAUCAUUGCCUUGUGGACAUCUACAAAACUUAUUUAAGGUAUGCCCCUUGGGUCAGAAUUCGACUGCCAUUUAUUGGUUAUCACUUAGUUUAUAUGGACAUGUAUAGUACGGAUGUCUUAAAAAUCUUCUCUGAAAGUAUAAUGCUAAGAGCUUAAAUAUUUUCCCUGAAGAAUCACAUUGUGGUCCCCUAGAAAGUUAUAUGUAUUAUGCCCCUUGGUUAAAAAAUGGCAAUGACUUCAUCUAGACUUGUGUUAAUCCUUUUAUCAUAAAAAGAGUUAAAUGGUUUAGAAGUAAAAGUAGUGAACCUGGUGAAAUUAUUCAUUAGCAUGCCAACUAUAUGACCACUUAAGCGCCUUAUUGUUUUUGAAAGAACAAUGCCAAGAAUUUCGAUAUUUUGCAUGUAGCAUCACCUUUUGGUCCUCCGCAAAAGUUAAUAUCAUGACUCUGGGAUCAAAAUUUACCCCCACCCCGGAGGUCAUUUAUCUUACAUUGUCAUAUUGUUUAGGAAAAAACAUUUAUUUGUCUUUUGUGAAACUGCAAUCCAUAGAAUUUAGAUAAUUGUCAUGAAGCAUUGAUAGUAGCAGACAUGCGCAAAUAUUUUUAAAAUUAUGUGGCUUUGGUAAAAAAUGAAGAAAAAAAACACAGUGAGAUCAUUACAGAAAUUGUGAACUUUUCUAGCAAUACUUCUCAGGUGAGCUAUCCAGGGCCAUCAUGACCCUCUUGUUUAUGUUCUGUUGUUAUAUGUUGUAUGGUAUUUCUGCUUUGUAUUGUUGCUUGUUUUUUUACCUGUAACAGUGUAAGUAUUAUAAGGCUUAUAGUCUUAAAGAUAAAAGUUUUAAGAAUUUUAAUAUUUCUGUAAUGAAUACAAGAAUGAACUUCAGCAAUUUUGUUAGUUUGGAUAUUUAGAUUAUUGUGUCGCCUCUACGGAGUAGUGGCGACAUAUAGGGAUCACUUCUCCGUCGUCCUGUCUGUCCGUCACAAAACUUGUCCGGACUACUCCUCAUAAACUACUGGUGCAAUUUCAUCCAAACUUUACAGGAAUGAUCAGUACCAAGUCUAGUUGUGCAUAUUGUCAGCAUUUUCCGGUUCAAUGAUUUUUGUCAGAGUUAUGGCCCUUUAAUAAUUUUUAUUUUUAAAGUUUGUCCGGACUACUUCUCUUAUACCACUAAUGCAAUUUCAAUGAAACUUUACAGGAUUGAUCUGUAGCUCAAGUCCUUGCGCAUAUUGCACGGGUUUUCCGGUUGAAUGAUUUUUGGCCGAGUUAUGGCCCUUUGAUAAAAAGGUGUUUUUUUCUGUGUGUUGCCAGAUACACAAAAGCUUGUCCCCACUACUCCUCAUAAACUACUGGUGCAAUUUCAUCCAAACUUUACAGGAAUGAUCAGUACCAAGUCUAGUUGUGCACUGUCCGUCUGUCUGUCUGUCUGUCACAAAACUUGUCCCAACAUGAAAUUGGCCAUUAUGAGGCGACACAUGUGAUCACUGAUCGCUCUUGUUUUUUUCAGGAUUAGGAAAUAAUAAGCAUAUUUGCCAUUGGGAAUGGUUCAGAUAAUCUGUCACAUAGUGAAACUGAGAAAAGGCAUGGCCUUUUCUUAUAUUCAGGAUUUUAAUAUGAUAGUACAUCUAACUGGUUUUAUUUUUUGUACAUGUAUUGUUGGAAGAAAAAAAAGAAAAUUAAGAUUUUUUACUAGUAUAUUUCAUAAGUAUUACCCGUAACAAGUACUUAGGUAAGUUGAGUGCACUGUCUAUAGGACUAUUUUGUCUUUCUGAAUUAAUAUGGCUGAAUUUUUUACUGACAAAAUUGUUGUUACAAAGAAAUUACAAGACUUUACUUUUAUUAAAAUGUGUUGUAUAACCAUGGUUUGUAUUUAACUGGAAUGUGAAUGAAAGAAAAUUUUACUGUGAAGAUAUCUUCAUUUAUCAAAUUUUGAUUUUGUGUUUUUUCUUUUCGCGGCUUUUUUUAUUCCUUAUUUCUUGACAGAUCUGGUUCAAUUUCAGCAUCAAUUUUUCCUGUCAUUUGUAAAUUUUCUAUUGGCAAUAUUUGUUGUUGAUGUUUCUUUCUAUGAUUAACACAAUGUGUUAAACUAUAAAUAAACAAAUGAUAAAUAG